AUGGAUGAACUUACACUAAAGGGAAUUACACAAUUCUAUGCUUUUGUGGAAGAAAGGCAGAAAGUUCAUUGUCUUCACACCCUCUUUUCCAAGCUUCAAAUAAACCAGUCAAUAAUAUUCUGCAACUCUGUAAAUCGUGUUGAGCUUUUAGUGAAAGAGAUCAUGGAGCUUGGUUACUCUUGCUUCUACAUCCAUGCAAAGAUGCUGCAGGACCACCGUAACAGAGUUUUUCAUGAUUUCCGUAAUGGGGCAUGCAGGAACCUUGUUUGUACAGUGCUUGGAGCUCCUGUGACAGUUGCUUCUCUUCUUGUACAACCUGUUGGAGCAGUUCCAGGGGCACCUCUUCCUAUCAUCUCUCAAUCUGCUGAUAUUGGUACACCUACUGAAUUCCUAUUACUGAAGAACAUGUUUGACCCAGUAGUGGAGAGGGAUCCUGAUUUUGAUUUGGAUAUUAGAGAUGAUGUGCAAGACGAAUGUUCGAAAUUUGGUGUAGUGAAACAUAUUUUUGUUGACAAAUCGCCGCCACCGCCCUCCUCCCGCGAACGGCGACUCAUAGUGCAGCCCAAAGAUUGGAGCGGUUGGAUUGCCGCCGCCGCUCUCCUCCCGGAGCGGGUGCUAAUUGGCCUAGGCGCCUACCCGGAGCACGACGCGGAUGUCUCCGCCUCUCUGGCAAAGACCAGGCGGUCGACGAGACGCCGGAGACGGAGACGACCUGAGUAGGUUAGGGUUGGGGGUGCGGGGGGCUCGCUAGCGUCGGAGAAGAUGCGGUGGUGCGGGGUGUUUGGAGGGAUGGCGGCGCUGCCAACACCGGCCGCGGAUGGCCGGAACCGGCGGUUGGUGCCAAAGCCAGUGGGUUCGACGAGCGGGCGCGCCUAUUGACGAUGGAGGCAGGCGGAGAUGGAUGGUAGUGGGUGGGGUCGGGCGGGCUCGACCACGGCAGCAGCUCCACCUCGCAUCUCAUUCAGGUUUCUUUCAGCUUCAUGAGCUUAAGAUUCUGGCCACCAAGGCCAAACUGGAUGCAGCUGAGGUUCAGUUCACCCCACUGUUAUCUCAGUUAACAGCUUACUGUUAUCUCAGUUAACAGCUUCAAAGCAGAGGUGCAGACUCCGGGUCCGGGUGCGCAUCCCACUGAUGCGGGGGGCCUUCAAUCCAAAUCAUGACGACGCGGUGGUCAGCCUCCAGAUUUUUUGACCGUCUUCAGCAUGGUUUCUCAGGGGGGGGUAAUUUGGUGGGUGGAGAGGGAGGGGAGGUGCCAUGGGAGAGGACAACCAUGGGGUGCGCCGGUGCGGGAGUGCAUGAUACAAAGAUAAGAUGGGGUGAAAGUGUAAGAGAGAUUACCUGGGUCGUCGUCUGACGCUGCCGCCAACGGAUGCUUGGAGCUACAAAUGUGACAUAUAUUUCAUGAAAUAUUCACAUCAUGUAUUGUAGUUGAUUGUUCUUUUUCAGGAAGCAGGGAUUAUUUUCAAUUAUCAAGUUUUUGCCAAAAAUGUAGAUUGUACUGAAGGUUUCAUGUUUGUGGUUCCGAUUUUUGAUUUUUUUGUAACAAGUUCAGUAGCAAACAUGGGUCCACAAAUUGUUUAGAUGCAUGUCUCGAUGAGUGCAUGACCAUGUAAAUGUAUCCCUUAACUUUGUGGUUUAAAUGCACAUUAGAAUGACCUGGUUAGAUAUGAAGACCUAUUUGUAUUAACAUUCUCCUAGAGUUUGAGAAAUCUUUAUAAGAAUUGGUCUGACUAUGUAGUACAAACUUGGUACAUUGGACAUAGGAAGGGUUAAUUCUUAUUCAUUUGAUUUGA